AUGUCCGGGGUCCCCUCGCGCGAGGGCCCACCCAGAGCUGCCUUCAGGCGACAGCCGCGCGAGCCAGCCACCCUAGGGAGGGAGCGGAGACUGAGGCAGUGUCCCCGCCCUCAGGAUGACAAGGACCCCGCGCGGGGGGCAUCACCGGCCGAUCCCCGAGGAGUCCUGGCGGGCGCGGAGCCCCCUCGGAGCCACCCCGAAGCCGAGACAAUACCCGGCGCCCGGACGCGCGGCGAUCGGUUCCGCUCCGCGACCCUGUCCCCGCUUGGCGCUCAGGGCGGCGGCCGACACCUCGGGCAAGCGACCCCGCGGCGCCCCGCUCGGAUGUGCCACACCCAGGGGGGAUCCCCGUCCGACCCCGGGAUUCCUGCCUUCUCGGAGACCCCUGCCGCCUGGGAUCCCAGUCCGGCCCCAGCACCCCCGCCCGUCCGGGCCCGGGAGCCCUGCCCGACCCCGGGAUCCCAGUCCGGCCCCGGGAGCCCCGUCCGACUCGAGACCCCUACCCUCCUCCCCGUCCGGCCCUCGGGACCCCCGCCCGGCUCUGGGACCCCAGUCCGGCCCCGGGACCCCCGUCCGGCUCUGGGACCCCAGUCUGGCCCUGGGGACCCCUGUCCGGCUCUGGGACCCCAGUUCGGCCCCGGGACCCCCGCCCGACUCGAGACCCCUGCCCCGCCCUGGACCCAGCCCGGCUCUGGGACCCCUGACUCCCGAGGAUCCCCCCGACCGCCCGAGACCGUCGCUUGGCCGUGA